AUCCAAAGAAUGUUGGGUUCUUUUUUCGCUCCUUGAUCGCGUUUUGCUCGAUUUUCUCGCGGUUUCUCGCGACAGGAAGCGAGCAGAGAAGCGAGGUUAUGUAACGCGAUUUUUACGAGACCGAUCUGCGGUCUUCGCGACGACCCGAUUCGAUGGCGUGCGCCAGUCGCGAGUCGAUCGCCUUUCGACCUGCGUUUGUGAGGCUUCCGUGGCUGUUUCAUGGUGCCUGUCGAUUAGACCGGCUUGACUGAGUAGGAUAUAGGGUUCGAUGCCACUGACUGAUUAAUCUGCCGGAACCGAGGUCGAGGGAUACUUUUGUGCUUCGUUCCAAAGAACGUAGCAUCGCUUAUAUUAUUCUGGACCUUGACAAUAAUUAGAGUGACGUUCGAAUCGCUGAAGUAGGCGAGUUACCAUUCCGAGGAUGAAGUGGUAGGAUAAUUCGAAAGGGCAAAUACAGAAUUUCACGUAAGAACGAUUUGAAUUCACGGAGCUCGCCCCGAUUCGGUAACCGUUCGAUUUCUUCUGCCCUCGACGACCUAAACAACAGAAAAACAAACUUCUGUGAAGCUUCUCCGUAGUAGUCGGUUGUGAGCAGUGGUCGUCGACGUUACUGUUCCUCGUUCUCCACGAUUCGAUCAGGCUCAACCAUGGAGAAUGAAGUAUCUACGAUCACCGUACCAAAGUCAUCAGAAGGUAUAACGGGAUGGAUAGAAUCAGUGAUAAUCACCACGUCACAAACUUCCGUGGGCCAGACGUUAUUUAAGCUCAUAGAUUCAUUCUUAUGGGUAGUUGAAAAGUCAGCACAAUGGAGCUUACCAUCUCAGGAAAGCACGGCUGAAGAGAAUGGUAAGGUGUUUGGAAAGAUAGAGCUUGUGAGACCUCUGCCAUGGAUCCUCUUCCUCCCAGGACUGGUGAUUCUUCGAAUCAUCAGGGGUGGACUCAACGUAGGUGCCUUUAUUUUGGGGUAUCCUCAAAUCCAACCGAGCACCGUGGUGAAAUUUGUGCAGAAGCAUCGUAGGCGAUUAAGGGCACUGAAUUUGAAGGCAGUGAAAUCAGCGAGGCGUAAGUCAUUAACCAAGGACAAGAGGUUGUCGAUGAUUGAGGCCAAGAAGGCUCUGAUCAGAUCCAUCAGAUUGACACUGUCGACUUUGUCUUGUUUGGAUACGACUAAAUCAUCACCGUCGCCACCACCGACGAAAAUUCGUAUAUGCCACAUGGAUCUUGAGCCGGCGGCAACACCAGACGAAAAAUCGACCACAGAAUCUGUUGGAAGCCCCAUACACCACGAAAUGAAACGCAAAUUUUCCCAAGUCAGUUCAGACGAAGAGGGUACCGACGAAUCUGAAAAUGAAACGUUACACGCAAAACUGGAGAGACUCGCGAUGAGCAACAGCACGAACGAUCCUGAUUUCAACCCUGCCGAAUGUAGUACUGAAUCCAGUCUAGCUAGCAGCGAGAACGAAGUAGAGAAGGAAGUGUCUUUAACCGAGUUGAUCAGCAUCGAAGAGGAAACUAAAGAAUUUUACAAGAACAACGAAAAAGUUCUGUUGCAGGAAACAAAUACGAAGAGUGACGAGGACACAGUGGAUGGUGUGAAACGCGUGGACAGUUCGGAAUCCGAACAAAAAACAAAAAGCAAUAUCACCAAGGACUUCAUCAAUGGAGAAAUAAAUUUUGCAUCUGUUUCGGCACCACCACCUACAGUUGUUGUAGAGACCAUCUCAACAUCAGAAGUUACCAAUGGAUUGGUAGUUGAAAAGCAGAGUCCUCAAAAAGCAUCUACCCCAUCGCCAGACGCUUGCAAAUUACCGCAAGCUCAUAGUUCCGUUUCAAAAGAGAACUCCCCAAAUGUGCAUGAAAGGAAAGGCAAGCCCAGAAAAUUUGGUCGUAAAGACGCCAAGUAAACUUCUUGGAUCGAAAGGCUAGCAUAGGUGGAGACACUGUCCUCUCCGACGCUCCUGUAAAUAGGAACCGUCAAAGGAAAAAAAAUUCAAAAAGGAUUCCUCCUUCGUAUGAGGAUAAUCAUGUUACGAUUUAAGUUUUACGGAAAUCGAUCAAAAUUCUUUUCUCAUUUUUCUAUUUUUUUAAUGGUUACGCAUUAUCGAUAACAUCGAACUCUGCGCGAUCAGCACUCGAAUAGCAAAUACUUCCGGUGAUGCAACUAGCGACAUCGUUGUAGGACACCACUCAAGUAAAACUUAAGGUGAAAUCUGAGAUUUGAUGGAGCUUGGCUAUUUUAAAAGAAUUCUUCAUGGUCUUCGUUAUAUGAGUAAUGAUUAUUACGACGAAUAAAUUAUUUCGUCACGCGAGGAUGGAACGAUCCUUUCUUUACUUUCUUUAGAAUAGCUUAGAAUCCUUGUAGCACGAAAUCGAGAAAUCGUGGCGUGAAUUAUGGAGCGUGUCACGGCAUGAGUUAUGGUGUGAUCGAUGAUAAACGAUGUAAACCUUGUGAUCUUGAGGCAAAUCGAUUCGAGGCUAUAGGAAUUUUUUUUCGGACAGACUUAACGAGAUCCUUAAUGUAUCCAGCGUCUCGAGCGUGUUUGAAAAAUGUGUAUGGGUAUGCGUAGUAUGUAUGUGCGUAUUAUUGUACGUUCGAGGAAAGAAGGCACAGCGUGUUUACAUCUCCACGACUGAUUAACUCGGCUGAUUUUUCCUUGAUCACAGGCAUUGACCAUUAUUGGCCGAAAAUGGUGACGAAGAUCAUCAGCGGGCCGUAGUGAGACCGAAUGAGAUAGGAUAUGGUAGCAUCGGCGUUAGUUUUCUGUUUCUUAAUAGCUUCAAAGACUACGCCGAUGCCACCAUAUCCUAUUUCAUUCGCUCUCGCUAUGAUCUGCCAAUGAUCUCCGUCACCAUUCGGCCAAAAGCGGUCAAUGCCUGUGAUGAUGAGAGUGUCAACGAAGUCAGUUAGCCUUGAGUGUUAGUGAGUCAGUUAGUUGUGAUGCAAACACGCUGUGCCUUCUUUUCUCGAACGCACUAUACAUAAUGUGGUUUUUUUUCUAAAAGAAAGAUGGUUAUUUAUUCAGCUCCUUUCAUUAUGAUGAUUGACACUAAUUGUUUAGUAUAGAAGUAAUUCUUCAAUCAUAUUGUCCUUUAUUUUGAGAAAUAAAGUGUU